UGGCUUACAACUUUGUCUUAUUUAUUACAGAUACAAUAUCAGAAAUAAACCAAAACACUCUAUGUAUUUAAAAAAAACUGUUUAAUAUUUGUCUCAACAAAUUCAUUGAUAAUGGCUGAAACCGAAUUAAACGAAGUUACCAUCAAACAACUUUCAGAUGAAGAGCUCUACCAGAAAUUAAAAGAUUUAGGUGGUCCAGUAGGACCAAUUGUUCAAAGCACUCGUUCUGUCUAUGAACGAAAGUUAUUGCAGAAACUUAACGGUCCUGUUGGAAGUGAUACUUCUGAACAUUCUGAACAAGAUGAAACAGAAAUAGAUUAUCCACCUCCCAAAUAUUAUCCCGAAACCAAAGUAAUAUCACCGCCAAAAUUUCAGUUUCGAAAUAGCAGCAGUCACAGCAGCAGCAGCAGCACCAUCACUUCCACCGAAUUUAGAUAUCGCACAUCUUCAGAUACUCCUUUUAAGAGAGAAGGCAUGUAUUUCGAUCCAACAAAUCUUGCCAGAAGUAGUUACAGAGCAGAUUUGAAAAAUGCAAAACACAAAUCAAAUAUCUAUGGCGAAGCCAAAACUUCCAUUUUGAAUAAACAAGAACCUGCUCAAAAAUCGAAAACAACCAAAGUUGUAUUUGUCAUCAUUUUUAUUGUAAUAAUAAUAGUUUGUUUAGUAGUUUAUAAUAUGGAAAGUAAUGCACCUAUUCCUAUCCCACAAUUAAAACAUCCGUGAGUCGUGUUGUUUACAUAAUAGCCAUUUCAACUGUGCCUUCUUGUAGCUUGUUUUUAUAAUAAAUUCAAAUAUAAUAUUAACUAUAGAAAGAAUAUAUUGUAAAUUAAAAAUUUAAAAGAUAACCUAUGAAAUUUUGUUUGUUUGGAAUUUUACAAUGCUGUUUUUUGAUAAACAACAGUUCCAUUAAAAAAAUAAAGAUGAUAUUCUCGAUUCAAUUUAAACUGUAAAUUAACCUAUUUAUUAUUUACUAUUAAAAUUGAGUUCUGAAAAUUCUUAAUUGUUAAUUGAUUAACUUUACAGUUAUUACGUAUACAGUUUCGUGUGUAAUUGAAUUGGUAGUUAUAAUUAUAUAUGCAAUAAUGCUGUAAUCAUUUACUAAGUUUCAAUAAUGUAAGAAUUUUCUAAUGUUUUGUAUUCUGUUACUUCAUGAUUAAAGUGUAUUUGUGAAGUUUUA